AAUGGGCGGUGCGUCACUCCUUGGCCGCCCCGGCUUGUCUCUGCAGAGCCGGAUUCUCUUCCCCGACGGGUGACGUUCCUAGUGUCCCUCCGCAUUUAUCCCGCACCUCAGCGCUGCGCCCAUGAACAUCCCGGCGGGGGUCUGAUUGCACCCAGUGCCCCGCACGGCCCACUCUGUUCUUGACAUCUCUCCUGAAGGGAUGGAGAACUCGUCAGUGGCAUCAGCCUCCUCAGAGGCAGGGAGCAGCCACUCUCAAGAGAUCGAGGAGCUGGAACAUUUCAUUGACAGCUAUGUCCUGGAGUACCAGGUCCAGGGGCUGCUGAUGGAUAAAAUGGACGGGGAUGGUGAGAGCGAGAAGACACAGUCCUACAUCUCACAGUGGACAGCGUAUUGUAGUGAGCAGCUUGAUGGCAGCUGUUCCCUAUCCCAAGGGAAGGGCUCAUCAUCUCAUGAAGACAGUCAGAAUGGCAACAAGGAGAGCUCCCUUGACAUGCUGGACACAGACAUCUGGGCUGCCAACACCUUUGACUCCUUCAGUGGUUCAACAUGGGACUUGCAGCCUGAAAAAAUAGAUUUCACCCAAUUUCAUAAGAAGCUGCAAAACACCUCCAAACACCUGUUGCCUCAAAAAGACAGAGAAGGGCUUGGAAAAGGGAAAUUCGAGGAUGGUGAUAGCAUCAACUUGAAUGACAUAGAGCAAGUCCUUCCAGUGUGGCAGGGUUACAAUUCGUUGCCUCAUGAAGCUGAAGUUGUGCACACCAAAAAACUGUUCAGAAGGAGGAGAAAUGAACGGAGGCGACAGCAGAGACUUCCUGGUGGGAACAAGUCUCAGCAGCAUGCAGAUCAUCAGCAAGGUGGCACCAAACACAAUAGGGACCACCAGAAACUCUACCAAGGAGCCCAGGCCCUUCACUCCUCAGGUAGGACAGGCCACCAUGGCUACAGUCAGAACCGGAGAUGGCAUCACAACCAGAAGCACUUGCCCAAUGACAAAGAAACACGCAGAAAUGCCAAAGAGACUGAAAACUUAAAAAUCAAGGACACCGCCAUCUGUGCAGUUCACAUUCCCUUGGAGAUGCACCGAGGCUUGGAGGAUAUGGAGAAGCAGUCUCAGCAGUACAUCCAAGAGUCAGAGACCAAGCAGAAAGACAGUAUUCAUGAACGCAUUGGGGAAAGACCCAAAGUCAAUUUGCUUCAGUCUUCCAAAGACAGGCUGCGAAGGAGACUAAAAGAAAAGGACGAAGUCACAGUGGAAACCACCAAUCCUGAAAAGAAUGAAAUGGACAAAUUAAUUGAAAUUCUCAAUAGCAUGAGGAACAACAGCAGUGACGUUGACUCCAAGCUCAUCACAUUCAUGGACGAGGCCCAGAACUCUACGAGCUCGGAGGAAAUGCUGGGGGAGAUAGUCAAGACCAUCUACCAGAAAGCAGUGACAGAUCGCAGCUUUGCUUCCACUGCAGCUAAGUUCUGUGACAAAAUGGCCCUCUUCAUGGUGGAAGGAACCAAAUUCCGGAGUCUGCUUCUCAACAUGUUGCAGAGAACUACCCGCAGUCCGUGGGGGAGGUGCCCAUGCCAGAGCAGGUGGAUGCCUGGAGGAGGCUGUGAUCCUGUGGAAGACCCAGUGGAGAGAGAGAGCCUCUGCUCCAGGCUGUAGUAGCCUGUCCUUGGAGGACUGCAUCCCGUGGAAAGAGAGACCCACAUCACAGCAGUUUGGAAGGACUGUCUGCCCAUAGGGGGAGUUCACAUUGCAGCAAGUGCGGUAUGGCUGCUGCUUGUGAGAGUGGACCCACACUGGAGAAGUUCACAGAGAACUGUCUCCCAUGGGAGGGACCUUACAGCCUCACAGGGGAUGGACUCCUCUCCCAGAGCAGCAGAAGAAAGUCUUGGUGUUGAACUGACCCAAACCCCCACGCCCUGUCUCCCUGAGCUGUCAGUGGGAAUGAGGGAAGGGCUGGGUGGAAAAAGGUGUUUUAAGGGCUUAUUUUGCUUCUCGUUAUUCUCCUCUGAUUCUGUGAGUAAUAAAUUCACUUUGCAACUAAAGCUGAGCCUGUUUUUGCCCU